AUGAAUAUCGGCAACCCACUCUACUCCAUCGUCAAUAAGCUACGGGACACCUACACGCCCGUCAGCAACACCUCGACCUUCCGCAAGACCGGUCAGAUAACGCCAGAAGAGUUCCUCGCGGCCGGCGACUACCUCGUCUUCAAGUUUCCAACCUGGUCAUGGGCUGACGCAGAUCCAUCCUCGAAGCGCGUAAGCUACCUGCCCGCUGGGAAGCAGUUUUUGGUGACCCGCAACGUGCCCUGCCACAGGAGGCUGGAUGCGGACUUCGCAGGCGACGCUGGGCACGAGGAGGCGCUCGUAAACGAUGGCGACGACUUCCGGGGCCAGAAGGGCGGCGAUGAGGACGGCUGGCUGAGGACGGGCGGCCUGUCGAGUAGCCAGCCCCUGAAGGUCAGAGAGAUCAGGACAGUGGACGAUGCAGGCAAUGUCGGCGACGGGCAGGUCGUGGAAGAUGACGAUGACAUUCCAGACAUGGAGGACGAGGAUGACGAUGAGGCGAUCAUCCGGGAUGUGGAGGGCGACGGCCUGAACAGUGGCCGCCGAACAUACACCCUCUACAUCAUGUACUCACCCUACUACCGCACACCACGGCUCUACAUGUCCGGCUACCUGCCCAACAGCCAACCGCUCCCACCACACCUGAUGAUGGAGGACAUCGUGGGCGACUACAAGGACAAGACAGUUACACUCGAGGACUUCCCCUUCUUUGCCAACAAUAUCAAAAUGGCCUCGGUGCACCCCUGCAAGCACGCCUCAGUCAUGAAGACGUUGCUGGACCGUGCGGACGCGGCACUCAAGAUCCGGCGCGAAAAGUUGAAGGCCGGCACGGCCUCGGGCUCCGUGGACAAAGGCAUGGAGGGCCUCGUCGACGAGAUUAACAAGCUCGACGUGAGCGGCGCCGCGUCUGAUGCUGCAGAGAGCAAGGGCAGCGGAGAUGAGUGGGAGGAGGUCGGGCACGACACAGAUGACGAGGUGGCCAUCCGGGUUGACCAGUACUUGGUUGUUUUCCUCAAGUUCAUCGCGAGUGUGACGCCAGGCAUCGAGCACGAUUUCACCAUGGGUGUCUAG